AUGAUACCAUCAGAUUCUACCAUAUCCUUCAAAAGGCUACAGUUUCCAAUUCGUUUAGCUUUCGCCAUGUCUAUAAAUAAAUCUCAAGGUCAAACAAUGUCCAUUUGUGGUUUAGAUUUGGAAAAUCCAUGUUUUUCUCAUGGGCAACUAUAUGUUGCAUGUUCACGUGUUGGGAAACCGUCGAAUCUAUUUGUGUUAGCUAAAGACAGGUUAACCAAAAACAUUGUGCACCGAUUGGUGUUAAAUUAAAUUGAAAUUGAAAGUAUUUAUAAUUCAAAAAAAUAGAUAUUAAUGUUUAAAAGUUUAAGACUGUCUGCCUUGCCUAUCUCAUUCAUGAG